GCACAUCCAGACUCCCAUGGUACAGAGGGACGUAGUUUAUGAAGGCAGACCACCAUGGCACCGGCUCGCGAUGCCAACGUGGUCAAGCUGGCCGUGGAGCUGCGGCUUCCGGACAUUAGGGCUCACCCUUACCUGGGGGAGUUCAGUCUUCAGAGGCAGCAUGUGGAUUUCAUUAGGGACCUCUGCACUUACUGGAAGAUUGAAAAUCCAGAGCACUUCGCCUUGCAGUAUACAGAACCACCGACUCAUUAUGUCACUGAGAAGAACCGAAGCAGAAUUAAAGAUGGAACUGUUCUGAUGCUAAUUUACUCUGCAAGCAAGACAGCCGAUGAUAUUCUUUACAAGCUAAAGAAAAGUGUGCUUGAGGAAAAGAGAGAUGCACUCACAAUGCUUGUGAAGAUGAGCUCAGACAUCACCUUUGCACAAGAAUUCAUUGCCAAGCAAGGUAUCGUCCUCUUAAUAGCACACAUGGAAAGCCCAAAGAAUGAAGCUGUGCUGUUGCCCCACAUGCUGACCUCAUUCCUAGAACUCAUGGAUCAUGGAAUCAUGCCCUGGGAUGACCUCCAGCCGCCUUUCAUUGAAAAGAUGGUGUCUUUCAUAAACGUGCAGGCAUCACCAGACACGCGCACCCUCUCAACGGCGCUGACCAUCCUGGAGAAUAUCGUCCUGAAUAGCCAGAGCAAGUAUACUCUGGUGGAGAAGCAAAUCACCAUACCUCACCUUCUGCAGCACAUCUCAAACAGCAAGAAAGUGGAAAUCCAGCAGUCGGUGUUGGCCCUCAUCAACGCCCUGUUCCAGAAGUCAGAGGCGCAAAAGAGAAAGUACUGGGCAGCCACUCUCUCCAGCAGACAGUAUAGGACCAUUCUCACCAAUAAUGUACUCAUACAUACAGAAACUGGUGGCAUUGGAGCGGACAUGGCCCACCAGCUGUAUGUCCUCCAGCAGCUGCUCCUCAACCAGUAUGAAGAAAGGAUGAACACCAGCAUGGACCCCAGUGAUCAAGAUGCCACUGACAAGAUCAAGGAACUUCGUCGCAUUGCUUUUGAAUCGGAUGGAGAGUGCAGUAAUAACGUGACCACCAGGAGGCCAGAGUACAAGAAGGAAUACAAGAAGCUGGGUUUCCGCAACGACAUCAAUCCAGCGCAAGACUUUAUGGAAACCCCUCCUGGCAUGCUGGCUCUGGACAAUAUGAUAUUUUUUGCCAGGAAUCACUCUGAUCAAUACGCCAAGCUAGUGCUGGAGAAUUGCUACCGAGCCGACUCCCACGAAUGUCCCUUUGGACGCGCCAGCAUUGAACUCACAAAGCUCCUCUGUGAGAUCCUGAAGAUUGGUGAGGUCCCAACGGAGCAAGGGCAGACCUUCCAUCCCAUGUUCUUCUCGCACGAUCACGCCUUCGAGGAACUCUUCUCCAUCUGCAUUGUGUUACUAAACAAAACAUGGAAGGAAAUGAAGGCAACAACUGAAGACUUCAGUAAAGUGCUGAGUGUUGUGCGUGACCAGAUCACUCGCACAAACAAUGAGUUGCCUUCAACCCUGGACAAGUUCCGAGUCAAGAUCAACAGCCUCACGUAUGCGGAAAUUGCUGAGCUUUGGCAGCAGGAGAGGAUUAACAACGAGGAGCAGGAGAUGCAAGCUCCACCCAUCAAGGAGUUGAGAAAGCAGCUGGAGCCGGAAAUCCUUGAACUGAUCCAGCAGCAUCGCCUGAGGUUCCUAGUGGAGGGCACCAGGUUUAGAUAUGGCAGAGGCAUGCGCGCAAAGGACAAGUUCUGGUACUGUCGCCUUUCGCCCAACCACAAGUUCUUCUACUACGAUGACUGUGAUGAGAAGAACGUGCCAAGCAUAGAUGAGCUGACCAAGAAGAUCAGCAUUGUGGAUCUCAAGGGCAUUGUGACAGGGAAGGAGUGCCCGCACAUGAAGGAUAGGACGGGAAAAAAGAGUUCUUCGCAAUUAGCCUUCUCCCUUAUUCUUGAGAGCAAUAAUGUCAAUGAAACAAACAGCUUAGACUUUGUUGCUCCUGAGGAAACCAUAUACAAUUACUGGAUAGAUGGAGUAAAUGCCCUACUCCGUCAGAGAAUGCCCAGUGUAGCAGCCAACAGGGACCUGGAAAUGCUACUAAACAUGGAGAUCAAACUUCGCCUCCUUGAUGCUGAGGGGGUCACUAUACCACAGCAGGAGCCUCCCAUUCCUCCUCCUCCUCCAAAUUACAACUUCUGUUACCAGCUGAACUGAGGCAGGCUUGAUGUUAAAGCUAUCAUUGUAAAGGAGCAUUGUUAAGUGAUGAGGAUUAAGUGUUUUUUAGAAUGUUUUUUGUCCUGUGUGGUACUGGACACGUCAUCAGCACAAAGUCAUACCAAGAGGACUCCGUAUUUGUGAUUUCCUCUGAUCACCUGUAAGAUAUUUUUUUUGUAAAACGUUGGUGAAGAACAGAGCUCGGGAAAUUUUGUUAUCUUUUAUAUUUUGAUUUGAAACUUUAUCAUAUCGAAACAACAAUCAAAAACAAUCCCUCUUUAAGGACUGUCAUCACAUCCACCUGUUGGCAUGGUCAGGGUAACAUUAUUAUGGGAUGUAUUCAGUCUUGCAUUCAUGAAAGGUAAUUAUAUUAUUGAGGUGCUUUCCUGAAAUUGACUUUUGAAAAUUUGUCCCAUGUGACACUUAUGGGUUAGGUAAAAUAAACAAAAGAAAAAAAUUAUGAAAUUAUUGUAAUUAUAUGAAGAAUUACAUUUUUGUCUUUGGUAGUACAGCUAUUACUGUUUUACCUGGUUUAUAUGAUUGUUUUUUUUCUUUUCUUUUCUUCAAAAGACCAAGGUCACUCCACAAUACAUAGUAAUUUUGCACCAACAUAUACACAUCAGCAUGCAGAGAUGUACAUAUAUAUUCCGAUUCAUACACACACACACACACACACACGCACAC